AAAGAAGUUUGUUUAUACAUAGUAAAGAAAAGCAAGUACAGUGGCCAAAAUGUGGCGAAGUUCGAAAGAAGAAUGGGAGAGGCGAAAAACUUACUUGAUACGAAGUUUAUUUGAGGAUUUACCUACAUUGUCCCCUAUAAAUGAAAGCCAAGAGCCAACAUCACUAUCGCAAAGCGAUGAGAUUUAUAGACCAGAGAGUCCUUUGCCAGAACUUAUAAUAGAAAAAGAGCCUCGAAAAUGUAUACAAGAUGAAACUGAAGAAUUCUAUAACAAAUUAGCGAAAGAAAUGAGAAGGCUUUAUAAAAAAGACUUCCUAAACAUCGACUACGAUACAAGCAGUUGUGGUAGUAGAUAUUUUGAAAGCGGAGAAGAUAAUCUAAUACAACAAGGUACUUUUGUUAGCGAAAACAGAACUUUAGUGCUCGAUAAAUCAAUUCGAGAAGCUAAACUGUGUGAAGGGGAAUAUUCUCAAAUAACCAGCGAUGAAACCAACCAAGAGGUGGCUAGAUCGACGAGCUCUUACACGGUGAGUACUGAAUCAGAAGAGAGUAUAGGACAUGAAGAAAUAGUAACAAAAGCUGAUGUCCAUACAGCUGUUGUCAAAAUGUCGAAACGAUUGUUGCAUGAAAGGUAUUCAAGCAAGGAAUGGGAUAACAGCAGCCGAAGUUACUUGACAAAACAAUCGGAUGUAUCCUCUACAACGACAAGCCAACAAAGUUACGACACAGAAGUAAAUGAAACGGAAGCUGGACAAGAAGUUAUGAAGGAACUUGCAAAAACUACAGAAGCAAGUCCAGGGAGUAGCAGUCCGAGACAAGAUAAAAAUGAUCAGUGCACACCAGAAAUUAUAAGACGGCGUCAAACAAUACGCUCUGAAUAUUCUUUAUCGCAUGAACUGCCCAUUUGGGAAAGUAACGAUAAAGACAUUGACGAGAGUUUUGGAAUCGACAUUGCACACACGAUAGCUUCAGGCAGUGAAAUGGAAAUAGCCGAUUCUUCUCCCUCUGAUUUCAAUAUGUAUUGUACGGUAACAUCUACACCGAAGUCAUUAAAGAAAGUCAGUAGUCCUCGGGCGAGGAUAAUUAAAAGAUACAGAAAACGUUUGGUUUCGUACUCGACCUCGUCAAGCGGAAGUACAAAUGGAAAGCGCCAGGCAGCACUCCAAACAUCAUUCUCUGAUGAUGAGUUGACUUGGAAAGAUCUUUGGAAAACCUUUUUUGUAGGCGUACCCGCCGUUUAUAAUAUUUGCUCUUGUAGCAAUCAUGUUUGUUCGUAAAGUAUGAUAUUUUGAUUGACUGAUUUAUUACUAAUUUACAUUUUCUACUCAAUGUAGACCUUUUUCGUUUUGUUAAUGUUUUAAUAAAAAUGUACU